AUGGCUAAAUUAAAGGGAAAGGGUAAGGAUAAGAGAAUUGACGUCAAACGACACAAUCCCAAAGCCUUCACAUUCUCUGGUGGUGUAAACAGUGUCCAACGUCGCGUCCAAAGAACAGCUGAGAUAAAUGAUAAAAGGCUAAAGGUACAAAAAGUAGUUAAACAAACUGAUAAUCCUCCGCCGUUCAUCGUAGUAAUCCAAGGACCACCCAAGAGCGGCAAAUCUACCCUAAUCAAAUCGCUGGUCAAGCAUUACACUCGUCGUAAUAUUACUAAUCUCUCAGGCCCAAUUACUCUGGUUUCUUCUAAAAACAGAAGGCUGACGUUUAUAGAAUGUCCAUCACAAAUGCAACACAUGUUGGAUGCCUCUAAGGUUGCAGAUUUAGUGAUAAUAUUGAUAGAUGCUAGUUAUGGCUAUGAAAUGGAUACUUUCGAAUUUAUUAACAUUCUUCAAAUUCAUGGUUUCCCAAGGGCAAUUGGAGUGCUUACCCAUCUUGACAUGUUCAAAAGUGAUAACAAGGCUAUCAGAAAGUGUAAAAAUGAUUUUAAGAAGAGAUUUUGGGCUGAAAUUUAUGAUGGAGCCAAACUAUUCUACUUAAGUAAGCUGAAGAACAACAGAUAUGACAAGAUUGAAAUUAGCAACCUUGCUAGAUUUAUUUCAGUUCAAAAACCAAUUACCUUGUCUUGGAGAACGUCCCAUCCGUAUACAGUGUCACUAAGACACGAGUUACUAGACAAUAUUACUUACUUUUAUGGUUAUGUCUAUGGUGGUAGAUUUGCCACGGAUCAACAUAUUCACAUUCCUGGUGCGGGGGAUUUUCAAAUAACUUCUAUACAAGAUUGCAACGAUCCCUGUCCAAUACCUACAGUUGGUAAACGCACAUUGCAAGAUAAACAAAGGGGAAUUUACGCCCCUGGUUGUGAUAUAGGCAUGGUAAUGCUUGAUGAUGAGGAUAUGUACAUUACUUUGCCAAAUGUCAAAACACACUUUACUGAAGGCAUUGAUAGUGAUGAUGAGCAAAAUGUUACCGAUGCAGUACGUAUGGUUCGUCAGCUACAAAAAGUAGAUCGACCACUUGACAAUUUUAAUAGUGAAUUCAAGCUCACUACUGAUAGCGUUAAUCUUAUCAAUGGCGAUAAUAUGAAUCUAUAUAAUCAUUUUGAUAAUCCAAUUACCAAUGAUAAUACUAAUAUUGAAACUAAAAAAAAUGUUGUUGAUGAACUAGAUAAAAGAACAAAUGACAAUAAAACAGUUGACCCGUUUUUAUUAAGGACACAAGAUAAUGACAUUGAUUUUCAGUGUAACGAGUUGAUGAAAUUGAUUUACAAGCCGGUAAACCUAAGUGCUGGUAGCUUACUUGGUAACCACCUUUCUGAUAUAUCCAAGGAAGAAGAUCUAUUUGAUCCAAAUUUGAAUGAUCAAAGGAUUUUUGAUAUUGUACUAAAGGACACUAACUUUGAUGAACUAAUAAAUAGUGAAAUGGUACAGUCAUUAUUCAAAAAAGGCACUGAUAAAACCAAUGGCGAUUCAGAUGCAGAAAAUGACGAUCAUUAUGAAUAUAACUCUACCAGUGAAAAUGAAAAUGAUCAUACAAAUGAUGAUAUGAUGAUUUAUGAUGAAAGUGACCCACAUUUUAUCACCAAAAAGCAACGACUCCAAGAACAAUUACGGCAACGUGAAUAUAUGGAGACUUUUGAUUUCAAAGGGAUAGAAUCCGUACAAAAACAUCUAUCUUCAAGUUUCAUUGGGAAGUAUGUAAAAAUAGGAGUAUCAAAUGUACCAAAGUCUUGGCUAGAUAAGGUUAAAGAUAAAUCAUCUGUUGUGGUAAUUGGAGGUUUAUUGCAUGGCGAAUCCAAUUUUGGGCAUACAUUGAUUCGCGUGAAAAGACAUAGAUGGGCUCCUAAAAUCCUGAAAAAUGAAGAUCCAAUCCUUUUCUCCAUUGGUUGGAGACGAUUUCAAUCGCUACCUCUUUAUUGCAUGGAAGAUCGCAAUAAAGUAAGAGUUAAAAUGCUUAAAUAUACUCCUGAGCACUUACACUGUCUUGCAGUGGUAUAUGGACCACUGGCUCCACCAAACACAGGCGUUGUUGGUAUAAAGAAUUGGAAUAAAAUAAAGUCUUAUCGCAUAUCCCUUACAGGGGUGGUACUAGGAGAAGCUUCAGAUGUAAAAGUAGUUAAAAAAUUGAAACUUAUAGGAGAACCGCACAAAAUAUACAAAAAUACUGCAUUCAUAAAAGGGAUGUUUAACAGUAGUUUAGAAGCAUCGCGGUGCAUCGGAGCAAGAAUUCAAACUGUUUCUGGCAUUAGAGGAGUAAUAAAAAAAGCUGAUAGACCUGAUGGUAUUGUUAGGGCAUCUUUUGAAGAUAAAAUCAUUCCUAGUGACCUAGUGAUAAUGAAAUCCUACGUGCCUGUCACGCCCAAAUCUGUAUACAAUCCAAUACUUGAUGAAGGUGGAUCACGAAUAAGAUCAAUUGUUGAACUUAAGGGUGAGUUUGGAGUUGCAGCUUCUAUUGGUAAUCCAUACCCAUUGAAGUCAGCUCUGACACACCCUGUAAAGAAUCCAUCUACCAUCAAAAUACCAACGAAUUUGGUCAAAAACCUACCUUUCCAAUCCAGACCUAAGAAAAUAGCCUCUGAUACUCAAAUUGAGUCUCUACCUAUUAUCACAUCCCCUGAACAUAGUAAGAGCGCAGUGCUGUUUACUAAAUUAAUGACUAUUAGAAAGGCGAGGCAGGAGAGAAGGGCUGAAAAGGCCAAACUUCACAGGGCCAAAGUUGCCAUGGGAGCUAUUAAAUCAAAUGAGGCAAGGGAUGCCAUCAUGAGAAAGAGAAUCAAGAAACGGAAUAUGCUUGCUUCCAAAAAACACGCGAUUAUGAGGGAUAAGCUUGCGAUUUAG